CUUGGAUUUAAUAUAAUGCUGUGUUUUGUGCUGAUCUGACUUGAUGGUGACUCUCAUGUAGGAUAAUGAAGAAAUGAAGAAUGAGCUGGAACAAAAAAAGCUGAGACAAGACGCUUGAAGCACUCAGAAGAAGAGCAAAGGACUGGAUUAGAAGUGAAGGAGGCUGAGCUCAAGAUGGUUCAAGAUGAUAAUGAUAAAAUGAAGAAUGAACUCGAACAAAAAGAAGCUGAGACAAGACGUUUGUUGUACUCAAUGGAAGAGCAAAGGACUGGAUUUGAAGCUGAGCUCAAGAAAGUUCAAGAUGAAAGGGCACAGACUGUGUCUCAACAACUCAGGCAACUCAAUGCUCAAAAGAGCACCAUAGCUCAAUUAGAAGAGCAGCUGGGAGCUAAAAAUGCAGAGAUUGAUAUUUAUAAGCAAGAUUUUGAUUCUGAGAGAAAGGAUCGUGAAAAUGCUCACUCCAAAGUAGCAGAAUUAGAAGUGAACGUGAUGGAAUUGACAGCACGUCUAGCAGAUAAAGAGACUGAACUAGCUGAAGCAAGGAAAGAGUUGAAAAGCUGAAAAAU